AUGAUUUCUUUAUCAGGGUUGUUUAUACUACUUAGUAUUCCCAUUAAGUCGUUGAUUUUGGUUUUGAAAUUUUAUAAAGUUGGAGGUUCAAGUCGAAAAUAUGCUAACAAUUUAAAACAAUCCUUACGACUUCUAGUUUUCAAAACGGCUGUUUCAUUAACCGUCUUUGAUGCUUAUUAUAUCUCAUUUAUGAGUAAUAAUUUCGUUCUCAACAAGAUAGUUCCUUUUUUCCAUAAGUCUAUUACCAGUAAACUCCCGGGGUACGGCACUAGGUACGACAAGAACUCCAUUUGGUUGGUUAAACAACCAGACAGGAAGCCAGAUGAUCCAAUCUUGAUUUAUAUUCACGGAGGUGGCUAUUUUCUUCAAACACAGCCGGACCAAAUUGAAUCAGUUUUGUCGAUAUAUAAGUUGCUCAAGCCAGACAAGCAAUCACGCUUGUCUAUUUUACUUUUGGACUAUAAAUUGGCGUCCUAUGGUUACCCAUUCCCGGCCCAGAUAAACCAGUUACACGAAACGUACCUGAGUCUAGUUACAAAUGAAGGUAAUACUAAUAUAAUUUUAAUGGGAGACUCUGCUGGGGGAAAUUUGUCACUUGGAUAUUUACAGUUCUUGAAAAAGGUCCAACCACAUAAUAUUGUCUAUCCUUCCAAAUUAGUGUUGAUCAGUCCUUGGGUAAAGUUGCUACCAGAACUGGAUGCAAUGGUCCCUGGUAACUCUUUCUAUGAUAAUAGUGACCGGGAUAUGAUAGCAUACUCUCAAUUUGAUGAUCCGAAGAAC